UUCGCCAUUUCCAGAGUCUCCCUCCGCUCCCAAGAGUUUCCCGGCGAAGAUCUUUGGAACGCCUCUCCUCUGUUUCUCCCAACGAAAUCAAUCAUCGAGGUGAUUGCGAGGAAUGGCUGGGGAUGGAUUUGUGCGGCGGGCUUUUGAGGCGUUGCUGAAGGAAUGCGGCGGCAACAGGAAAUACAGCGUGCUGCAGUCGGCGAUCAUGGUCUUUUUGGAGAGUGGAAAGGACUUCAAUCAGCAUUUAGACAUUGGUGAGACUAACGCCCCCGAGUAUGAAUCCAGAGCUGAAAAGGAAGAGAUGGAAUCGUCAAGCCUGUCUACAAACAGUGGAGGAAGUAUUGCUGAAGCUGAGGCUGAACUUGCUCUGAACCCACUUAGACUUGCCUUUCAAAUAAAGAACAUAAAAGUUGGGGAACUUGCAUUGGAUUGUCUUCAAAAACUGAUAGAGUACAAUCAUCUGGAGGGUGAUCCAGGUCUUGAAGGUGGUAAAAAUUCGCAAGCAUUAAGUGAAAUCCUGAUAAUGGUCUGCACUUAUACAGACAAUUCAGCCCCGGACAGCAUCAUACUUCCAACAUUGAAAGUGCUUCUUACUGCUGUAGCUUCCGACAAAUUGAGAGUACAUAAUGAACCACUUCUGGGAAUCGUCAGAGCUUGCUCUACUGUAGCUCUUAAUAGAAAGAAUCCUAUAAUCCAAGCAUCCUCAAAGGCCAUGUUAAUACAAGUGCUUCAAAUCAUAUUUAGACGAUUGGAAACUGAUUUGGUAUCUUCAACUUCUUUUGUACCCAAAGAAGCUCAUUCUGAUGAUGGUUCAAACUCAAUGAUCGAAGCAUCAACUGAGGAUCAUAAUGAGCCAUGCAGUACUUUGGACAAUUUGGUAUUUGUGAAGCAAAGGUGCAAGACAUUUUAUGCAGCUUCUGAAGGAACUAAGACUCUCGUUGGUGGUGCUGAUAUUAAGGACUUAGAAGCCAUUCUUAGGAAGGCUGUGAACCUCGAAGAUGAAGAAGCUGAUUUAAGAAAAAAUGGUCCAGAGGGCAUGAGUGUUGAGCAACAUGAUGCCUUACGUGUUUUCCAUAUGCUUUGUAAGGUGGGUAUGAUAACGGGAAAUGAUGCUGUUACUGUCAAAAUGCAGAGUUUGUUAUUGGAGGUUCUUCAGGUUUUAUUGGAAGAUAUUGGCCAUUUGUUCGCCGAGAAUAUUCAAUUUAUUGACUCAAUGAGAGCUCACCUUUCAUAUGCACUAUUACGAGCAUCAGUGUCCCAAUCCCCUAUCUUAUUUCAGUAUGGGUCAGGAAUUUUCUCAGUUAUUUUGCUACACUUUAGGCAAAGUUUCAAGGCUGAGAUUGGAUUCCUUUUCCCUUUGAUUGUUUUAAGAUCUUUGGAUGGAUCAGAUCUAAUACGAAAACAAAGUGUUCUUCGCAGGGUCAUGGAAAAGGUCUUCAAGGAUCCUCAGGCGCUCAUUGAUCUUUAUAUAAACUAUGAUUGUGAUCCUGAAGCACCAAAACUGUAUGAUCGAAUGGUUGCCACAUUAUCCAAACUUGCUCAAGCUACACAAAAUGUGGAUCCAAAGUCUUCAAAUGCUUCGCUAACUGCUUCAAUUAAAAUGUCAUCACUAGAGGGUCUAGUGAAUAUACUUAAGUCACUGGGGAUAUGGGAAAAGUAUACUAGGAAGUCCAAAAGCAAACUUAACAGGAGGGAAUCUUUUGAAGGAGAAGUUUCGCCAAGACAAUUUACAGAAUCAAAAUACAGGGAAGAUUCACCUGAUGAUGUUGGGAGGUUGCAGGCUGAGAAGAUCACUAUUGAAGCUGUUAUUUCUGAGUUUAAUCGGCACCCGGGAAAGGGCAUACAAUAUUUGAUAUCCAGCCAAUUGGUGGAGAACAGUCCUGCUUCUGUUGCUCAGUUUCUUCAAAAUACUCCCAAUUUGGACAAGGCUAUGAUUGGGGAAUACUUGGGACAACCAGAGGAGUUCCCUACUGCUGUUAUGAAUGCUUACGUAGAUUUCUUGAGCUUUUCUGGAAUGAGAUUUGAUAUUGCAAUGCAUGAAUUCUUUAAGGGCUUUCAACCUCUUGCUGAAGCUCUGAAGUUUGACCGCAUAAUUGAAAAGUUUACAGCUCGAUACUGUGAAGAAAAUCCCGGUCUAUUCAAGAAUGCUGAUGCAGCUUAUGUCCUAGCGUAUGCAAUUAUAAUGCUGAAUGCUGAUGCUCACAAUCCAAUGAUGCAACCAAAAAUGUCUAAGAGUGGUUUUAUAAAUAUCAAUGCCACUGGUGAUGAUGAAGAGUCUGCUCCUCGAGAGCUCAUAGAGGAGAUCUACGAUUCAGUCGUUAAAGAAGCAAUAACAUUGGAUUGUAUUGCUAAUGGAAGUAAUCUCAUUAAUAUUCUUAACCUGUCUCUACCUAAAACUAGCUCAUCCACUGGUGUGAGGUCUGAAUCUGAAAGUGAGGCAAUGAUCAAGCAAAUACAGGCGCUGGUUAAAGCUGAAGGUGGAAAUAAGGGUGUGUUUUAUACUUCACACAGCAUUGAACUCUUAUGUCCUAUGGUCGAGCCUGUAGGAUGGUCAUUACUGGCUAUGUCUGCUGUUAUCAUGAGUGAAGUCGACAAUGUACCAAGAUUUACUAUUUGCAUGGAGGGAUUCAAAGAAGCUAUACACAUCACUAACGAUCUCGGAAUGGAUACCAUGCGCUAUGCAUUUUUGACUUCUUUGUUGAGAUACAACUCCUUACAUGCACCUAAAGACAUGCGUGGAAAAAAUGUAGAAGCACUACGAGCCCUUCUUGCACUAUGUAAUGCUGACAUAUGCGCUCUCCAAGGAUCUUGGUUGGCUGUUCUGGAAUGCAUAUCCCGGCUUGAAUAUUUUGUGUCACAUCCUGUUAUGAAUGCAAUGGUCAUGCAAGGUUCAAAUCAAGUUGCUAGAGAUGUCGUUCUCCAGUCCCUCAGAGAGCUUUCGGGAAGACCAACCGAACAACUAUUCUUAAACAGCAUCAAAUUGCCCAGUGAAUCUGUGGUGGAGUUUUUCGCUGCUUUAUGUAGUGUUUCAGCGGAAGAAUUAAAACAGAAUCCACCUCGUACGUUUAGCUUGAGGAAGAUUGUUGAAGUUAGCUAUUACAAUAUGGCUCGCAUACGCAUGGUUUGGGCUAGAAUUUGGACGAUCCUCGUCCAACAUUUUGUCUUUGCUGGGAGCCAUGCUGAUGAAAACGUCGCGUUUUUUUCAAUAGAUUCUCUACAGAAGCUUGUCAUGAAAUAUUUGGAGCGUGACGAGCCUGCAAACUUCACAUUCCAGAAUGGCGUUUUGAAACCACUUGUUAUCUUGCAAAGAAGCAAUAGAAAAACCAUACGGAGGCUUAUAUUGGAUAGCAGCAUUCAAAUAGUAAGAUCAAUGGCUGGAUGUAUAAGAUCUGGCUGGCACAGUGUCUUCAUGAUUUUCUCCAAUGCUGCUGCCGACAAGGUUGAACCCAUAGUCGAAUUGGCGUUCGAGAAUGUGGAACAAGUCAUCUUAGAACACUUUGAUCGGUUUAUGGGACAUUGCUUUAUGGAUUGUGUGAACUGCCUCAUGGAUUUUGCCAAUAAUAAAGCCUCUCGAGGUGUAAGCUUGAAAGCUGUGGCCCUUCUUCACAUUUGUGCUGAUCGUUUUGCUGAGAGCCUAGUACAAGGUGGUCCUUUGAAACACAACUCAGAUGAAGCUUCCGGUGUUGCCGAGCAAUAUUGGUUCCCAAUGCUAGCUGGUCUUUCUGGUCUGACAUCUAAUCGGAGUUCAGAGAUAAGAAAUAGUGCAAUCGAGGUUCUGUUUGAUCUGAUGAGCAGGAGAGGCAGUACAUUUUCACCUUCUUUUUGGGAGAAAAUUUUCCGGCAAAUACUCUUUCCCAUAUUUGACUGUGUUAGACAUGCUCAAAACGAAAGUUAUACAUAUCCCGGAGACGAGUGGCCCCGUGAAAGCUACAUUCAUGCACUAAAGCUGCUAUGCAACCUCUUCGGCAAUUUUUACAAGGAAGUGUCCUUUAUGCUGUCCCCGUUGCUCGGCUUACUGUUGGAUUGUUCUAAGAAAUCAGAUAAAGUGGUAGUUUCAGUUUCUUUGACUGCAUUAGCUCACCUUAUCGAAGUUGUUGGGCACCAGUUUGAUGACGAUGACUGGAAUACAUUAUUAAAGACUAUAAGGGAUGCUUCGUACACAAACCAACCCCACGAGCUUCUCACCGAAAUGGAGUUUGAGAACAAGAAGAAAUCAGAUGCAGCUUCAUCGAAGAACAGUGUUGAUGAAAAUGUACUUCAUUCCGAUCAAACAAUCACUCAUACAGAAGAAUCUGAAGGCACACAAUCUCCUUCUCGAACAGCUACAAGAACUGCCGAUGGGGAGAGUCUUCAGCGCAGUAAAACGUUAGGACAAAUGUUCUAUGGAAAUGCGAAGAAGGAUCAGUUCGCAAGAAGUUUUACGAUGAAAGAAGAUGAUCUUGCAUAUGAUGCAAUGGCGACGCAUUCACCCGAGUUUGUUGAUUCUAAUAAGGAUCUAGAGACAAUAGGAGAGGACGGAAGCUUGAUCCAGAGAACCAUAAGGGCGAAAUGCAUGGCGCAGCUGUUACUUCUCGGUGUCAUCAAUAGAACUCAGAAACAAUUCUGGAGCAAGUUGAGUCCCGAAAACAGAAUCACCAUGAUGGAGAUACUGUUUUCUGUGCUGGAGUUUGCUGCCUCAUACAACUCAUACGCCAAUCUCACAUUGCGCAUGCAGCGAAUUCCUGGCGAAAGACCACCCCUGAAUCUUCUGCGCCUGGAGUUGCUCGGAACAUGCAUAUAUCUGGACAUUCUGCAGAAGACAACAGCAGCAGAAAAUGAUAAAUUCGAAGGACUUGCUGAAGAAAAACUCGUUUCUUUUUGUGAACAUGUCCUAAGAGAGGCAGCUGCUUUUCAAUCUAGCGUAAGGGAGAUGACUGAUACGAGUGUUCAUCAAGUUUUGGAGCUUCGAUCUCCCAUAAUUGCUAAGGUGCUGAAAGGUAUGUGCCAAAUGAAACCCGAAGUCUUCAAAAACCAUAUUACGAAUUUUUAUCCUUUCAUUGCGAAACUCGUCUGCUGCCAACAGAUGGAAAUUCGAGGAGCGCUUGGCGAACUUUUCACCAUGCAGCUCGGCAGGCUGUUGAUGUGAGUGUUUUCUUGAGGCUAGGUUGGAUGUUCAUACAUGGAAUAUGGGUAUUGCCGAUGUUCGAUUAUAUUUCAGAAAGAUCUUUAUAUAUCUUUUUUCGUUGUCUUGUUUUUUUUUUUUUAAUAGAAUUUUUGUCACUGAGGCCUUUUUCGUAUAUUUAUAUACUUCGAACUGCAGAAAGAGAUGGGUUCAAAAGCUAUUUCCUUUUUUCCCCAUCUGAAAUUUUUGUAGCUUAAGAUAAAACAGUUGAUUGGUGAAUUAUUUUAAUUUUCAACGCAGUUCUUUUUA